AUGCGAUCAAUGUACGCUAAUGAAAUACUCAAAUCCACACUGAAAAUUUUUGGAGAAAGUUGGAAACAGAAUUGGGUGACUUAUUGCAAUUUGAAGAUCUCCUGGAUAAUAGAAAGCUUUUUGUUCUACCCCAAAAUCUGUGCAUCUCAAAUCAAGGAAAUUCAGCAAGCUGGCAUGUACUUCCGUGAUGCACUUCUCCCAAAUAUUAGUACGAUAUCAUGGCCUCCGAAACAUGUUGAGCUAUGUGAAAGUGCAGUCAAACUUCCAGAAGAACUAGAUGCGUUUCUAUACACUCUCUUAACUGGGAACACACAUAUCCCAGCAGAAUAUCCCGAUCGCCUCCGCGCUUUGUUGAUUCUUUUGGCCAGGACAUCAUUUACGGAGUUACUCUAG